GUACAGGAGGAGUAAGAUGGAAUACCGGCCGGGUGCCAGUAAAGGUCUGCUCUAUUCUAAACCAUUCUAUUUGUUUAGUUUCCACCAGAGUGUAGAGAAGGAAGGACGUGUGUAGCUGGCCUGCUGUAUUACCUGAGAUGUCUGCCCAGAGCCUACCCAUCCACCCAGUCACCAACAAUCCAACAAAGGCCUGGGAGGAGCUACGGCGCUCACAGAAGAUAAUAAAACUCAAUGUCAAGACCCCACAGACACCUCCUGAGGAACGCAUGCUUCGGUUCGUGUGCAUGAGUGACACACACUGCCUCACAUCACACCUGCAGUUUGAAAUCCCUUAUGGUGAUGUUUUUGUGCAUGCCGGAGACUUCACUCGUUGCGGCAGUGCUAGUGAGGUGGAGGAGUUCAAUGGCUGGCUAGCGUCAUUGCCGCACAAACACAAGAUUGUCAUUGCCGGCAACCAUGAGCUGAGUUUUGACCCAAAAUUCACUGGUGGCAUGUCCAUCAAGCACCACCACAGGACAGCACACACUGGUGAUGGACUGAUCAAUGAGAUUCCUGACCUUGGCAUGGAGCGUGAUGAGUUAAAGGCAGCUGUGGCCCAGGACAACACUGUGGACCUCAUCACCAAUGCUGUGUAUCUGCAGGACCAGUCACAUUCCAUUUGUGGCAUCAAGCUCUACGGCACACCAUGGCAGCCGGAGUUUUGCAAUUGGGCGUUCAAUGUACCAAGGGGAAGGCAGUGUUUGGAGAAGUGGGAGGCGAUUCCUGAGGACACGGAUAUCCUCAUCACCCACACGCCGCCUGUUGGACACGGGGACCUGUGCUGUACGGGGGUCAGGGCCGGCUGUGUGGAACUGCUGAGUACAGUACAAAGUAGAGUCAAGCCCAAGUACCAUCUGUUUGGCCACAUUCAUGAAGGUUAUGGCGUGACAACGGACGGUAAGAUCAUAUUCAUCAACGCCUCCACCUGUAACAUUAACUACGUGCCCAUCAAUCCUCCUAUCGUGUUUGAUGUGCCCAUUCCUCCGGGCUUCUCCAAAUGAUCAGCCCACCAGACCAGUGUAUUCUGGCCUCCUGCUGUACCUCAUUAAUGUAUGACUCAAGCAUUUAAGAAUAUCAACGUGUGUCUGCGCUCGUAAAUUAUUGAACAUUCCAUCAUUGUAUCAUCUCUUCUCAGUGUAUUGUAUUGUCCACAUUGCAUGCUACCCUUUACUGUGAAGGAUAGUUCAAAAUCCCAACCUUUACAUCAGCUAACUCUGCCUUUGGAGGGAGGGAACCAUGACAUAAGAUCACCCAGACAAUUCCUGGUGAUUCAAGGUUAGAAACUUUAUUACGUUGGUUAUCACUUUGGAGAGACGCUGCUUCUAGUCACCGGUGAUGGGCUUGUGAAAGUGAGGUAACUGGGCAAGGCUCAAGGCUGUGUCACUGGCUGUUUGUCAUGUGCAUUAAAACACUUAGGAUGAAAGAUGUAGCCACUGUUAGACCCUAGAGUUAUUAGUCACUGCUAGUCACUCCCAGGUCAUAGAAUGUAUGAGAAGAAUCACUGCUAGUCACUCUUAGAUUGUAUCAGGUAGGACAGGCAUCACUCUGGUAGCUGCUGUAAGACACUAGAAAGAGUUAAUCAGGUGUCACACAUAGUUGCUGUCAGACACUAGAGUAAGGUAAGACAGGCAUCACUGGUGGUCGCGUGAUAGAAGGAAAAACCAGCAUCACUUGGAUCAUAGCUAGAUCAGGCAUCACUGGUAGCUUCCAAGGAACAGUAGUGAGUGUAUAUGUGUGUGUAUGUCAUGUAGAAUUUGAAGAGUGUGAGUUACUUCCACUCCACAGCAGCAUUCAGCACAAGUCUAUAGAAGCAUCAGCCUGUACCUGGAUAGAGGGAUGUACUUUUCCAUGAGUUACCAUUGAAAUCCUGUGAGAUAGACUAAAAGUAGCAUACCAGAGGUGCUCUUAGGUGGAGAGAGGGGAAAUAUACUUACUCAUGGCAUUUAUUAGGUUAUCCUGUCCUACUUUUAAGAUGUAGAGUGCCCUGUAUCACUUGUUAGCUUGUAAGGCAUGGUAAGGCCUCGCCAAGCUGUUAUCUUGAUGGGGUUUGUCUCGUAGCAGCUCUUCACUGUACAUGAGUCUGGUUAGUGAACGCCAUGAGUGAUUCUGUGGUUGGUUUCAAGACUGGUGCAUUUAUAAAAGGUCACAGAUACAGAAAUGUUUAUGUCUGGUGUGAGUUUAAAAGCAGGACUCUAUGGUUUGGUGAUUGUCAGUUGUGUGUGGUGAAGAGCCUGGUUGGUGCUGUUGACAGGUUGGGAGCGCUGGUUUGGGUUAGGUGAGUUCAGUUCAGCCCAGCGAAUGAAGUCAUUGAAGUGUACUGUAAUAGAAGACUGCACUGAAUUAGCUGUGUAUUCUAUUUCUCCAGGAGCACGUUGAGAGCUAAGAGGUAAUGAUGUUCUGUAGGACAGCUUCAAUACUGAUACAUUGUAACUAUUCAGUAGGCAACUAUUCAUUGUCAUAGUUAAGAUACAGACUUUACUCACAUUUCCUUACCACAAUGUCCUUUAGUGUUUAGUGCGUUGAAAUCUUGAAACAGGUAAAUAGAUCCUGAAGUGAAAGACAGGUUUGCACGUAGUAACAUGACACAAGUACUGAGUGGAAAUGCAGUGCCCCAAUUGCUCAUGUAACUGUUUUGGUGCCUUGCUCACCCCUGUUUUAGAAGGUUCCCUGUGAGCAGCUUAAUGCCACUGGAGUAAAGAGCUUAAAACAUGUCAAGAUUGUGUUGCACCUUGCAUAUCCCCCAAGCCUCCCUUUCCUUGCUUAAUAUAAGAUACUCAUUGAUACCUAUCCCCUGUUUUCCUUUCUCUAAGCUUGCCCUUAUUCAUAACUAUCUUUUUUCUUUACUAAAUUCACUGGCUUCCACAAACACCAUAGGGCAAUGACUGCUUAGGAUAUUAUUUUCUUGUUUUUCCUAAUACAUAACUGUUUUAUAUGUGUGGUAAUGAAAAAUAUGAGCUUUGACCAUUGUACAGUACCAGUAGUACCACUCAUAGAGACAGCAAUGCUCAGUUUGCUUGCCUGGCUUGAGGUGCCUGCAUGGUAGCUAUUUUGUGCUGUUUUGUGCUGCAUUUGAGUCCCCUUGCAUAUAGAGAGCAAGCACAAGACACAGCAGUAAAUAGACUAGCUAUGUUCUAUGUAAGUAACUUUAAAAUUCCUGGGGAAGAAAGAUUGCAGUGACAACUAAAGAUUUCUCAUGUUUUGGACUUCUGAAGAGCUGGUUGUCCUUUCACAACGUAUGGUGAAGUGAAUAUUUUUGUACGAACAUUCAACGUUUGUGGAAGUUGCUUUGGAAAGUGGCAUCAUAAUCUGUGGCUAUUCAUGGGUGGGGAAGUGACAGCAAGCAAACAUAAUUAUGGCCAUCAUCUUUCUUUCAUUCACUAUAAUAUUACCAUUCACUUCAGUUUGUGUUUGUAAUUUAUUUGUGUUUAGAAGUAACAGUGGAUGGCAGACUAUUUGCUCAUGGAUGUAACCUAUGACUUUUAUACUCAGAAAAUUGGAGGCAUCUUGUAACUUUUGCUGCUUGAAAUGGCUCAUGGUUCCAGAUAUUCAGAGGAGCAGGGGUUGUUUUCCUUGUUUGAGUAAUGCACAAUGUUUACCUAUCUUUAAUCAUCUAAGUAUAAUGGAGGUAUAUGUAAUUAAUCUUUCAAGACAUUAUUUAUCAACUAGAUCAAUGUUUAGUAGUAUAUGUUCUAAUUAGUAUUAUUCAUGGCUGCAAUAUUCUUUGAUUUACCAAGUUUGACAAAUCUAUAUUGUAUUAAUUUUGGGGGGUCAAAGUAACAAAUAUAACAUUGAACUGAUGGUGCUUCAAUGAAAACAGAGAAAAUAUUACCAGAACAAAAUGUAAUCACCACUAUUCGCUAUUACCAGUGUUAGUUUUACCACAAUCGUCACGUAUCCCAUGACUCAAAUGUGCUGUGUGUGUCCUCCCUUACCUGCAGGAGGUGGUGGUAGAGUGUGAAGAGGUGGCAAAACUCAGGGCUCACCACUCAAGGCUGUAAGGAGGCAGCUACUGUAUGAUUAUUAUUUCCUGUUUUACCAAGCUUUGCAAUCCUGUGUCUUAAUGAGUUGUCUUAAUGUCACCUUUUUGGCAUCAGCAGGUAUGGUAGGGGUGUUGUAAAGCUGUACCAUUGCAUAAUCACACUUUGGUCCACAUUGCUAAGUGUUAUGGUAUUUAUGUCUUUAAGAGGCUGUUGUGGAAGUUAUCAAAUUUUUCAAUGGUGUCUUCUGGUGGUAAUUUAUGAAUGCCUUUUUUGAAGGGGCUAUAGCAAUAAUUAUUGUUUUUUAAGGGUGUAUUCUGCAGUUGGUAGUCUAACAAAAAUUCUAAUCUAUAUAUUUGAUUUAUCUAUUCAGUUUACUUAUUUAUUUUUAUUUGUGUACUUAUUUAAUUCUUUAUUUGUAUUUAUGAUGAUUGAUUAGUGUUAUACUUCACCUCAACUCCAGACCCCGGCCAAUCCCACCAUGAUGAUGCAGUGUCCUUGUGACUGCCUGUGUGUUAAGCUUAAGCCUGAUGCUAUCAUUGAAUUACUCCUGUGAUACGUGUACUUACUUGUGUUGCAGUAAUACAGUACACCCUACCAAGACACAUCACUGCGGACAUUGUUUCAUUUAGCAUUUUCACAUUGCUUCAUCACUCAUUUAUGGACCAGAAUGCAUGGCUGUAAUCAUAUGUAAUUUAUCUAUAUGCAUAUUUAUACUAUGUCAUUUUUUUUAGUUAUUAAUGUAAUUUAGUUUUUUUUAUUUAAAUGGACUUGGUAAAUCUUUGAUAUACAGGAACUAUUUGGGAGACUAGCUUGUUCUAUUCAAAAAUUCAUGUUAUAUGAUGGUCUUUGCAUUUAAUUAUUCUAGCUAACUUGGGUUGUAAUGGAAGGUUAGUUGUUCAGUGUAAUAUACAAACACUUCUGGUGAAAAUAAGUUGUUAAUAAGCACUGUUUGAGAAGUUCUGAAUAAUCAUUACUUCUACCUGGUAAUGUUAAGAACUUCAUUAAUUGCAAGGCUUAUUUGAUGGCCUUAAAGUAUUCCUUACAUCCAGCAUUUGCUAUAUCAAGGGUUUACUGUCUGCAUUUAUGUCACAGUGGAGCACAACACAAAUUAUCCCAAUGAACAAGACUAGCUCAUAGAUGCCAAAGUGACGCUUCCUGUUAGCAGAUGUACAUAGGGUGUGACAUAUCAAGCUCUAGUGCCCAGAGGUAUAGAGGCCUCAGACAUUACUUCAGGACCUGACUCUUGUUGGGUCCUGACAUCCAAGCACUGUACUUUAUACCUUGAUGUCAGGGGUACAGUCCUCAGCCAGGAUGUAUCUCAUGGCUAAUAGUUUAUCCCAUUUCUAUGAUGCUCCAAACUGAGGUGUGAAAAGCUAUAUGGGGCAAUCCUAUCAUCCUUCAUUAGUCAAGGAUGCAUCUGUAACUCUACUCAAUAGUCUUGUGAUCUUUAUUGUUCUCUCUUUCCCAGGAAGGAUUGAUAUUAAUAACUGUGAGUCUUGAAAAUAUUCCCAAAGGUUCCACUGUGGGAGUUUGUUAUGGUGAUACUGUACCAAAGACUUGCCUACUACUUAACCUGCUGUCAGUAGGUGUUAAUAAUACUGGUGAAUUAUA